AUGGGCUUUAAUUUGAAAAUUGUCGGAGGAACUAGCAACGUUGAAUUAGCUAAAAAGGUUGCUGAAUUCCUGCAAAUUGUUCCAACUGAGACCAAAAUUUACAAGUUUGCUGAUAGCGAAAUUGGAGUUCAAAUUAUGGAAAACGUCAGAGGAGUAAAUGUUUAUGUCAUUCAAUCGACUUGUACUCCAGUCAAUGAUAACUUUAUGGAAUUAUGCCUCAUUGUGGAUGCACUUAAGAGAGCUAGUUGCAAUAGAAUCACUGCUGUUGUUCCAUAUUAUGGUUAUGCCAGACAAGACAGAAAGACCAAACCUAGAGUUCCAAUUUCCGCUGCUCUUGUUUCUCGAUUGUUAGAAUCAUCUGGUGUAGAUCGUGUAUUGUCAGUGGACUUGCACUGUGGUCAAAUUCAAGGUUUCUUUAAUAUUCCAGUCGACAAUCUUCAUGCAAAGCCUGUUCUUGUUCAUGCUUUCCAUCAUCAAAUUAUUUUGAAUGAAGGAUUAAAGAACGAGAGCGAUUACAAGGGUUUAGUUGUCGUUUCUCCUGAUGCCGGUGGUGCUGAGCGUGCUGACAAUUUCAGAACUGCAUUGGUCACAUUGGAUCCAAAAAUUCAAGCUAGCAUGGCUGUUAUGAACAAGAAAAGACUUGAGGCCAAUAAGGUGGCAACCAUGGAGUUAGUGGGUAACGUUGAAGGCAAGCACUGUGUGAUUGUGGAUGACAUGAUUGAUACUGCCGGUACUUUGGUCAUGUGUGCUCAAAUUUUGAAGGAUAACGGAGCUAAGAGAGUAUUUGCUUGUGCUACACAUGGUUUAUUCAAUGGAACUGGUGUUCAAAGAAUUCAAGACAGUGUAAUUGAAAAGGUCAUUGUCACAAAUACUGUUCCACUUGCUCCAGAAAAGCAACAUCCAAAGAUUAUUCAAGUUUGUGUCAGCGAAUUGGUUGGAGAAGCUAUUAGAAGAGUGCACAACGAGGAGUCUGUUUCAAGCUUGUUUUAA